AUGUCCAAAACUAAAAAAAAAGAAAAAAUUUAUCAAAAACCAACUAAAGAGCAAUUAUCAUAUUUAUGUAACAAGUUUAAAGUUAAAAAUACUCAUAUAUUAACACAAAAUUGGAUCAAUAAAUUUCAAGAAUAUUGUUUAGACAUUGGACUAGAAGGGGCACCAGAAGAUAUAAAUGAUACUUCCAAGCUAGAAACACAACUUUGUGAAUAUUUUAUCAUGGCUAAAAAAAAUGAUGGAUCAGAAUAUAUAGUAUUAUCUCUUUUGUCUGCAAUUAGAGCAAUUAAUAGAUUUUACAAUUCGAAUAUUAGUAAA